AAAUAUACAAAAGACUCUCCCUUGCUUUCCUCCUCUCUAGCUUUCUCUUUUCUCUUUCUUUCUUUCUUGCUCUGGUAUUCCCUUGGUGUGAUUCUCCACCACCAUAUUUCCUAAAGACCCAUCAAACUUUAUAAAAAGAAGAAAAAAGAUCAAUCACCAUGGUUUUCUCAUCUAUUCCAGUUUAUGUGGAUCCUCCCAAUUGGCACCAGCAACCAAAUUAUCAUCCACUAGGAGGUACUACUGCUGGAAGUGAAAAUCCACAUGAAUUUCCACCACUCCCUCCACCACCGUCACUAACUCAUGUCUGUGGUGCAGGCAGUAUUAGUGGUGUUGGUGGUGGCCCAGGCUCCAUCAGACCCAGUUCGAUGUCUGAUCGAGCCCGUCUGGCAAAGAUUCCACAACCAGAAACUGCGCUCAAGUGUCCUCGGUGUGAGUCCACCAACACCAAGUUUUGCUACUUCAAUAACUACAGCCUCACUCAGCCUCGCCACUUCUGCAAGACAUGUCGGCGCUAUUGGACCCGAGGAGGUGCCCUAAGGAGCGUUCCUGUUGGAGGAGGAUGUCGCCGAAACAAGAAAACAAAAAGCAACAGCAGCAGCAGCAGUCGAUCCAAAUCUCCAGUAGCCACUGGCGAUCAUAUCCAAACAGGUUCCAACUCAAUUACCAACAACUCAUCAAAUCAUAUGAUUGGAAAUACUCCUCAUCAUUUGACACAACUACCACCAAGUCCCCAUCAAUCACUACCAUUUCUAGCCUCAUCCAUACCAAGUCUAGGUCGUUAUGGAGUAGCUGGGGACAUGGGAUUGAACUUCAAUGAGAUCCAGCAGGAACAGACUGAUCAUCACCAUCAUCAUAUGGGGUUUCAGUUUCAUCAGAUUGCAGGAGGCAAUAAUAUGAACAAUUUAAGUGGUGGAAUAUUAGGAGGGGAUCAUAAUAAUCAGUGGCGUAAUUCGAACUUGCAGCAAAUUCCAUUUUUGGUCGGUACCGGGUUUGAAUCAUCAACAUCAACAGGUUUAUACCCAUUUCAAACGGGUGAUCAAGGAGUCGAUCAUCAAGCAACAACUGAUCCAAUGGUUGGGAAUAAUUCUAGGGUUAAUACUGAGCAGUUGCCUCCUCCAGUGAAAACUGAAGAUAAUCAUGGUCUUACUUUUACAAGUACCCCUAUUUCAGCGGAAACUAACAAUAGCCAGUUCUGGGGUGGAAAUUUGAAUGCGUGGACAGAUUUAUCAGGGCUCAACUCUUCUUCCACAAGCCAUCUCUUGUAACUAGGUCGACGGCAACGAAUUUCAAGAACCCUAACCAUCAUUAAUGAUGACUAGAGGUGGAUCCAAUUAAGAAAUGGUAGGCUUUCUAUUUUGUAUUUUAUUUUGUUUUUAUUUUUAAAUUUGAGUACUUAUGUUGUGCUGGUUGGUAUCGCGCGUGUAUUAAUGUAUGGGUUUAAUUACAUAUGUUUGAAGCACUUGGUCCUUAAUUUGUGUAUCAUGGGUUGUAUUUGAACACUAUGAGAUGAUCAGCAGUCCCUGUGAAAACUUUUCAUUUCAUGUUAUA